AUUCAGUUUACGAAACAACGAAUGUAGCAACAAGCACACUGCAUAUAAUUAAUAGCAAUUUGAUUCAGUGAUUCCAUCUGACUGAAUAGCUACUACCCUCUUUUGAAUAAAAUUGGGUUUCUUUAAGAAACCUGGAUUUCUCGUGUGGAUCCAUAAUUCAUUGUUUAUCUGAGACACGUUAAUGCAAAGAAAACCAUAAUCGAAAGCAAUGUCCUUCACUCAAGAAGUUUCUAUAGAGAAUAUUGAUGGUAAUAAUGUGGAUACUGACUACUUGAAUUCACAGGAAGCUGUAGUUGAAUCGGAAUUGCAAAAUGAAGAUAAUGAAUCAAUGCAUCAAAGAAGAGGGACUGAACUACCUUCCACGCAGUCAGACUCUGCGGCUCCAGUGACUCAAGAUAGGACUCCUGCUCUGGCACGGAAUUUCUUAAACAAGCUAAGGGCAGCUUCAUAUCAUACUGCUUCAGAAACUCCACAGAACCAAACGAACGCUACGGCGAAUACAAAUCUUGAAACUUUCUAUGAGGCUCCAGAAGAGAUAGACCAGGAACAGCAGGAUAAUCAACAAGGAUCGACUUUUCUAGCUCCUCCAAGAACUGAUGUCGAUGAAACAGCUAAUCCUAACCGGGCUAAAAAGCUUGGGGCUCGGAAUAUGUGGAUGCAAUUGAUGGCAUCUGUCAAAAAAUUAAAAAAGGAAUCUGAAAAGGGAAACAAAGAAGCUCCCUACAUUUCUGCUCCUGAUAUCUUUUUGGCUGGUGCACCUUCCACAUUGCCGGUUGCAAAACAUUUCAUUCACGAUCGUUCUAAUAAUCACGUCUUACCUGUAUUUACAGGCUACUUACGAGUGUCGGUUGUUGAUGUAGAGCCAAAACAAAAUCGGAUUCAAAGUACAAUCACUAUGCAGGUCGAAUAUGGUUCAGGUCCAAAUGCCAUCCGCUGGACGAUCUACCGUCAACUUCGGGAUUUCAUAAACUUGCAUUCUCAUUUUCUUGUUUUUGAAUUUCAGCAUCAUUUCUAUGGUAAGCGCAUGAAGCUUCCUAAGUUUCCCAAAGAAGUGUUGCCCUACCUGGUAAAACUGCGAGGCUAUAAUAGGGCUACUUUUGCUAACCCAGAUGAUCCACUUAUUGACGAGACUCAGAGCUUAUCCAGUAUAUCAAUAGAAUCGCAAUCCGCUGAUAUCCCACAACAAAACAAUAAUCGGGGUAAUAGCGGUGUCAAGAAAAAAGUUGCAAACUUUUGGACUAUACAGGGUAAUACACUUGGAAAGUAUUUACAAGAUAUGAUUAAUUGUCUUCAAUUUUUUCCGGAGGUUAAUGUUUUAUACACAUUUUUAGAAAUGAGUAACUUGGGACUACGUUUGGCUAGUUCCCGAAGAUUUCAUGGUAAAGAAGGUUACGCUACUGUCAGGAAAAACUAUUCUGCCUCGCAAAGUAUACUUUGCUGCUCUGGACCUUCAGUCCGUUCCCGUUUACAUCCCUUUUGGAUCAUUGUCUCUGAAAGCUCUAUUAUAUUUUGCGAUAGCAUGCACUCCUUUGAACCAAUGGACGUAUUUAUUUGGGACGUUGAUUUUGAAAUCACUAGGAAGAAGUUUAGAAAGUCACACCCUAAAGAUACACAAGAAAAAAUCCGAGUUUCACAUCACACCUUCAAAAUAAAAAAUAAGCAAAAAGUCAUUAAACUGUCUGUUCGAAGCGGACGUUGGCUUCAACAGUUUAUAAAUAGUGUUCAAGUUGCUCAAGGUCUAACCUCCUGGUGCGAGCUUCAUCGAUUUGAUAGUUAUGCUCCUGUUAGAACAAAUGUCGCUGUUCAGUGGAUGGUAGAUGCUCGAGAUCACAUGUGGAACGUCAGUCGUGCAUUCAAAAAUGCUAAGCAUACUAUAAUGAUUCAUGGAUGGUGGCUGACGCCGGAAUUGCAAAUGCGAAGACCAUACAGCCUUGCUGAUAAGUGGCGCAUCGAUCAUUUACUACAGGAAAAAGCCAGAGAAGGUGUAAAGGUUUAUAUUAUGGUUUACAGAAAUAUAGAUGCUACCGUCCCUAUCGAUUCAUUUCAUACAAAAAGCUAUCUUCAAUCGUUACAUCCGAACAUUUUUGUCAUUCGUUCUCCAUCCCAUUUUCGACAGAAUGCACUUUUCUGGGCCCAUCAUGAAAAGUUAGUUGUAGUAGAUGAUGCCAUCGCUUUUAUAGGUGGAAUUGAUCUUUGCUUUGGUCGUUAUGAUACAUCCCAGCAUAUCCUCUAUGAUGAUAAAUUGGUUAACCCUCCAGAUAAGAAUGUUCAUAACGAACAAUCUUGGAAAGGAAAAGAUUACUCUAAUCCACGUGUACAUGACUUUUUCGAUUUGACGCAGCCACAAAAGGAUAUGUAUGAUCGAACAGUAAUACCCCGUAUGGGUUGGCAUGAUGUUUCCAUGUCGAUUCUAGGACAACCUGCUAGGGACGCAGCCAGACAUUUCGUUCAAAGAUGGAACUAUUUGAUUGAGUGUAAAAGACCCGCUAGGAAAAUCCCCAUAUUAAUUCCUCCCGUUGAUUCCACGAAUGAACAACUUAUAGAUAAACAAUUGACUGGAACAUGUGAGGUGCAACUUUUAAGAUCUGCUGGUCUGUGGUCAUUAGGUUUGGCCGAUUCUGUUGAGCAAAGUAUACAGAAUGCUUACGUUAAGUGUAUUGAAAAAAGUGAACAUUUUAUCUAUGUGGAAAACCAGUUCUUUAUAACAUCUACAAUCAGUGAUGGUACUGUUAUUGAAAAUCGUGUUGGUGAUGCUUUAGUUGAGAGAAUUACCAGAGCACAUAAAAAUAAUGAGAGAUGGAAAGGUGUGAUUAUAAUUCCUUUACUUCCAGGAUUUCAGGGUCAAAUUGAUAUGCAAGAAGGAAGCAGUCUUCGCUUAAUUGUUGAUUGUCAAUAUAAAAGCAUCUGCAGAGGAGAAAAUUCAAUAUUUGGUCGACUAAAGGCAAAAGGGAUUGAUGGAUCAAAGUACCUUAAAUUUUACGGUCUUCGAGGUUGGGCACACAUAGGACCAGAGCAUGAACUGUCUACCGAUCUUAUUUACGUACAUGGAAAAAUCAUGAUUGCUGAUGAUAGGGUUGCCGUCAUAGGGUCCGCAAACAUUAACGAACGCUCCCUCUUAGGAAACCGUGAUUCUGAGAUUGCAGGUAUAGUACGAGAUACUCUGACGAUUGAUUCUAAAAUGAAUGGAAAACCUUAUAAAGUAGGCAAGUUUGCUCACUCAUUACGAAUUCGCCUGAUGCGAGAGCAUUUGGGGAUUGAAACUGAUAUACUAGAACAACGUGAAUACAAUAUGGAUGGUCUUGAUCGGCAAACGAAGUGGAAACGAGUAGACGCCUGGAAUCCUGACGAGGAUAAGCAUGUGGGUGGCUCAAUAUUUGAUGCUGAUGAGCUUAAUCUGCGCUACCGUUCUGAUGAAAAGUUUGGUGAAGUUCCUCCUGAAAAGCUUGAAGAAUGUCAUAAGCAUAUUGAAGGGUUUGAUCAACGUGUUAGACUUUUUUCAAAAUAUAGUGUUGUACCCAAUGCAACUCCUUACGAGAAGAAGUUUGGAGAGGAGCGUUAUAAGGACUUUAAAAAAGGGCCGAUUCUUACAGCUAAUGCGUUAGUAGGAGGAACACCAUCUUAUCUUAAUAGUGAUGAUAGUACUCUUCAUGAACUCUCUAAGUUUCCUGAAUCUGGUGGAGAUCAAAGACCCAUGAUACGGAAAGACCCUCAUAAUAAGGUACUUGAGCCUUCCAGACCGCAUUGUGGUAACGGACUUGCAUUUUUUGAUGACAUUCCUUUGCUGGAGGUAAAUCCUUUGACGAAUGAAGAAAUUCCCAAGUUUGAUGCUUCAAGUUUCGAAGAUCCUGUUUCCGAAGAUUUCUUUGACAACAUUUGGUGUAAAACAGCUGAGAAUAAUACUCUUUUCUACAGAUACAUAUUCAAGUGUGUACCAGACGAUACGAUACUAACUUGGGAUGCCUACCACGAGAGUAAGAAGUACGCUCAACUAUUCAAAGAAGAGCAAAAACGUUGGCGAGAGCAAGAAAAUACUGCAGAAAAAGACGAAAUGGAAAAAGAAAGUUCUGAUUUUCUGUCUGGCGUAUCCUCAGAAAACGGUAAUUCCGAGGAAAAGAAUAUUAAAAGACAUUUUAGCAAAGGUACCAAAAAAAAUCCAAUGAAGAUUCCGGAUAGACGAGCGGUCUAUCAAAUUCUACGAGGAAUUCGAGGCCAUUUGGUGGAAUUACCCAUUCAUUGGAUGGCAUCAGAGGAUGCUUCGAAAAACUGGUUGAGUGGUUUUGACAAGAUUCCACCAUUAGAUAUUUAUGACUAAGGUGUAAUAACGUUAUAAAUUAAGACACCGUGAUGAUUAUAAUAAAUGAUAGCUACACAUCAGAAGAUCCUACUUUUAACUGUGUAAUAUGAGAAUUGGUAUCUGUAA